UUUUGGCUAGAAACUUGUGUUUAUUUUCUUUAGCGGACACCAAGUUAUCCUUGGUUCUAUCGUUAUUCUUGACAGGUACACAGUUGAAUAUAUACGUCGCUGUGUAAUACCGAAGAAAGUCUAAAACGUGUUACAAAACGGUCCCUUGGACGAUAAAUACACUAGCGUUGGGGUUCGUAGUUAGCUAAUUCUGUAGCUAAUUAGCUAGCUAGCAACAACAAGGAAAGAUGGGGUCGAUUCUUAGUCGGAGAAUCGCUGGCGUUGAGGAUAUUGAUAUCCAGGCGAAUUCUGCAUACAGAUUUCCACCGAAAUCGGGGAAUUACUUUGCCAGCCAUUUUUUCAUGGGAGGGGAGAAAUUUGACACUCCCCAUCCAGAGGGUUACCUAUUUGGAGAAAACAUGGAUCUGAACUUCCUUGGAAAUAGGCCUGUACAAUUUCCGUACGUGACCCCGGCACCCCAUGAGCCUGUGAAGACCCUGAGAAGUCUGGUCAAUAUCAGAAAGGACUCCCUGCGCUUGGUCAGGUACAAAGAUGACACUGAUGCUCCAGUAGAGGAAGGAGGGAAGCCAAAGGUUCUGUAUGGUGUGGAGUUCACAUUUGACGCUGAUGCUCGUGUGGCUAUCACCCUGUAUUGCCAAGCUUUUGAGGAAUUCACCAAUGGGAUGGCAAUGUACAACCCAAAGGGCCCAGCCCUGGUUUCUGAGACUGUACACUAUAAGAGGGGUGUGAGCCAACAUUUCUCCCUGCCUUCUUUCAAAAUCGAUUUCACCGACUGGAAGGAGGAGGAUCUUAACUUUGACCUGGACCGGGGUGUUUUCCCCAUGGUGAUCCAAGCUGUAGUGGAUGAAGGGGAUGAUUGCUUUGGACAUGCACAUGUGCUGCUGGCAGCCUUUGAGAGACAUGUGGAUGGCAGUUUCUCCGUCAAGCCUCUGAAGCAGAAGCAAAUUGUGGAUCGUGUGAGCUACCUGCUGCAGGAGAUCUAUGGAAUUGAAAACAAAAACAACCAAGAGACCAAGCCGUCGGAGGAUGAGAACAGUGACAACAGCAAUGAGUGUGUUGUUUGUCUGUCAGACCUCCGAGACACCAUCAUCCUGCCCUGCAGACACCUGUGUCUCUGCAACUCCUGUGCUGACACCCUGCGUUACCAGGCCAACAACUGUCCUAUCUGCAGACUGCCCUUCCGAGCCUUGCUGCAGAUCAGAGCUGUGAGGAAGAAGCCUGGGCCGCUGUCCCCUGUCUCUUUCAGCCCUGUACUGGCUCAGACCAUGGACCAUGAUGAGCACUCGAGCUCAGACUCGGUUCCCCCAGGCUUUGAGCCCAUCUCUCUGCUGGAGGCCCUGAACGGCCUGCACUCUGUGUCCCCCUCCAUCCCCCCCGCCCCCCUCUACGAUGAUAUUAACUUCUCUGGGAGCCUGGUAGGGGAGGGCCGGCCGCUGGGCUCCCCAGAACACUCCGGUGACGGGGGCCUGCAGAAGGGCAAAGUCAGCAAGUCACCUGACAGCACCCUGAGGUCGCCCUCAUCACCUAUCCAGGAGGAGGAUGAGGAGAAGCUGUCUGAGAUGUCGGACGCCCAGCCUCACGCACUGCUCUCCAGCAGCCCUGCUCCCACCGAGGCCACUGCAGCCGAGGAUGUACCGGAGUCCAUCUCCCCAGAUGAUGAGGACAGGCUGCACUCUGGAGGAGAGAGAGAGAUCCUUCAGGACUACAGCAGUGAACACCGCAGCCUGACCAAAACAGAGAGUGACCCGCCAGGGGACCUUUCUCUGCCAGCUCUAGGUCCUGAUGCCUGCUCUAUUGGUAUGGAGGAAUAAAUGUGGGUCAUCAGAGAGCCUGAAGAGUCAGAGUACCAACUGCUCCAGCCAGCCCCUCCUGUGUCCCCCCAGCAGCCUUCACAUGGAGGAUGAGCAACUUGACCCCUAACCUCUGGGCCCAAUGGUUCUCCCUCUCUGGCUGAGUCCCAAUUCACUAUCUCUCAUGUAUUUAACAAUGGUGGAAACUCCCUCCAGUCAAUAAUUACACCAAUCCAAUGCUUUUAAAUCCAUGACGGGGAGUGUGAAAGUGCACAUUUAGCCUGGAUGGAAAAUUGGGACUUGGUCUCCUCCCAAGCCCAUCCCUCCCCCAUGAUCCAGUCCCCUUGGGCCUUGUAGAAGACCACUUUCCUACUUUAGUCAUCGAUUCAUGCCAUAACUGGCAUUGAUUCAAACUGUGUUUGUGGUGGUCACUGCAAGGAUUUACUAAAACCAUACUAUACCUUAACUAAAAAACAACAAGUCCUUAAUUAGAUUGCUUUACAUUCAGUUGAAGUCGGAAGUUUACAUACACCUUGGCCAAAUACAUUUAAACACAUUUUUUCACAGUUCCUGUCAUUUAAUUCUAGUAAAGUUCCCUGUCUUAGGUCAGUUAGGACCACCACUUUAUUUGAGAAUGUGAAAUGUCAGAAUAAUAGUAGAGAGUGAUUUAUUUCAGGCUUUAUUUCUUUCAUCACAUUCCCAGUGGGUCAGAAGUUGUUUAACUCAAACGUUUCGGGUAGCCUUCCACAAGCUUCCCACAAUAAGUUGGGUGAAUUUUGGCCCAUUCCUCCUGACAGAGCUGGUGUAACUGAGUCAGGUUUGUAGGCCUCCUUGCUCGCACACGCUUUUUCAGUUCUGCCUACAGAUUUUCUAUAGCAUUGAGGUCAGGGCUUUGUGGUGGCCACUCCAAUACCUUGACUUUGUUGUCCUUAAGCCAUUUUGCCACAACUUUAGAAGUAUACUUGGGGUCAUUGUCCAUUUGGAAGACCCAUUUGCGACCAAGCUUUAACUUCCUGACCGAUGUCUCUGAGAUGUUGCUUCAAUACAUCCACAUAAUUUUCCUACCUUAUGAUGCCAUCUAUUUUGUGAAGCGCACCAAUCCCUCUUGCAACAAAGCACCCCCACAACAUGAUGCUGCCACCCCGUGCUUCACGGUUGGGAUGGUGUUCUUCGGCUUGCAAGCCUCCCCCUUUUUCCUCCAAACAUAACGAUGGUCAUUAUGGCCAAACCAGAGGACAUUUCUCCAAAAAGUAUGAUAUUUGUCCCCAUGUGCAGUUGCAAACUGUAGUCUGGCUUUUUUAUGGUGGUUUUGGAGCAGUGGCUUCUUCCUUGCUGAACAGCCUUUCAGGUUAUAUCGAUAUAGGACUCAUUUUACUGUGGAAAUAAUGCUUUUGGUGACAUCAGUGAGGGGCAGAGAAAGUUCCUUUGCUGUUGUUCUGGGAUUGAUUUGCACUUUUUGCACCAAAGUACAUCCAUCUCUUGGAGACAGAAUGCGUCUCCUUCCUGAGCGUUAUAACGACUGCGUGGUCCCAUGGUGUUCAUUCUUACGUACUAUUGUUUGUACAGAUGAACAUGGUACCUUCAGGGGUUUGGAAAUUGCUCCCAAGGAUGAACCAGACUUGUGGAGGUCCACAAUUUUGUUUCUGAGGUCUUGGCUGAUUUCUUUUGAUUAUCCCAUGUUGUCAAGUAGAGGCACUGAGUUUGAAGGUAGGCCUUGAAAUACAUCCACAUGUAUGUAAUUUUAUUGAAUUUUCCAAGCUAUUUAAAGGCACAGUCAACUUAGUGUAUGUAAAUUUCUGACCUACUGGAAUUGUGAUACAGUGAAUUAUAAGUGAAAUAAUCUGUCUGUAAACAAUUGUUGGAAAAAUUACAAUGACUUGUGUCAUGCACAAAGUAGAUGUCCUAACCGUCUUGCCAAAAGUAUAGUUUGUUAACAAGAAAUUUGUGGAGUGGUUGAAAAACGAGUUUUAAUAACUCCAACCUAAGUGUAAGUAAACUUCAGACUUCAACUGUACAUUUAGGAGUGUGUAAUUGUUUGUCCAUUCUGGAUGGGGUUGUGGUGCAGUGGUGGACGUUGCAUGAUUCCAGUGGUUGAGUAUGACUACCAUCAUAUGGUAGUACUAGAAGCACACUCACUUUCAGUUUACUCCACUCAAAUUACUGCUUGACACUAAUUGUUUCAGAGAGCAUUAAUACCAUUCCUGUUGUAUUCAUCUAAACUAAUAACUUUUUAACAUUUUAUUUCUUGGUGCUUAUAUGAUAUGAAAUGUUUUGGUGGACAUUUGACAUGAUUAAACAUGACAAUUUAAUGGAGGCAUUUUUAAAGGUUUUGAGGAUUCAUUAAUUUUACUUUGUGAAAUGGUGAAUUCCUAUGUCAUAACAAGUCAAAUUGAGGCAUUUAAUUUCAAAUUGUCUUCAAAGGUUUUGAGGAUUCAUUAAUUUUGCUUUGUGAAUAUCUACAUUCGUUCGUUUUUAUACUGAAUUAUGUGAUAUAUUGUACCUGUACUAGAAAUGUAUGUAGAUUCAAUUGUAUAUUUGUGUGUUGUAGAAGAAAAUCUGGGGAUUCAAAUAAGGAGAUUAGUAGAUACAGCUACAUGCACAGUAUCUCAAACGUAGCUGAUUGAUUUUUAGUGACAUAGUCCAGCUUUACACCUUAACAGCUGAACACAAAGAAAGAUAGAGCCUGCAACAAGCCAAUACACUAUGCUGACCGUAUAGCACAAACUGUGUUAUUUGUAGAUGUGGCAUAUUUCUAUAGUUAUAUUGUGGCUUGUCAUCCUGGCAUAGUCGUUGCCUUGCUCAAGUUCUAUGACUUGCAGUGUCUGACUUCCCUGUAGAUGUAGCACCAUACAUAUAGAUCUAUGUGCCUUCAACUAAACAGAUAUGGCUGCUGCUUGUUGCAUUUUUUUGGUGUUCUUGUGAUGAAACGGUUUCAGGAUAUACAGCUGUAUGAGCCUGUAGUCCAGGAGGUUUUUAUUCCCACUGGCUGAUAUACAUGUAUAACAUUUCUUUGCAUUCUCAAUGCAUUUCUUUGCAUUCUCAAUGGUUCGUUAAAUAUUUUUAAGGAAACCUAACUGUUAUUAAACCAUUAUUAAAACCCAACUGUUCAGCAAUUACAAUUAUGUUAAAUCCAUAUAUUGAUACAUUUAAUCUAUAAAUAGUAAGUACAUUAUGAUUAGACUUGGUUGUUAUAUGGUCUGUAUUAUGUGUGUGUGUUCUAAUUUUUUCCCAGGAGGAAUAAACUAAAUGCUUCUUAACCAUUUUACUUAUGCAACAUCUUGAGACAUUGCAUCUUUAACCUAAUGUUAUCUUUUGCUUGUGAGUUGUUGUAGAACGAUGUGUAAAACGAUCCAAACUGCUUUGGAUUAAUACUGUUCAUUUCAUGUGUCUUUGACUAACGAUGUGCCAUGUUAACUUUGAUGAUACACAUGUGCCUUGUUCCUGUUUCUCACUAGUAUUGACCUGGUAUCCAGGACAACCCCACAUUUAGUGAUUCAUAACUCUAUCAAUAUCAGUCUGUCCCUGUGUACAGAUGUAGGAUCUUCAUUUGCUCAAUCUUCUGUUAGUGAGAAUAUUCCUGCACAGCAGGAAAUGCAAACUUGUAGUGUAUUCCAUGUUUAAAAAGGCUUCUAAAGUUUGUAAUUUCCACUUUAAAAUAUCAGACUAGAUUUGCCCUAACGAAAAAUGUAUCAACCCCUACAAAAAUGUCAUUUUAUUAUAGUCCGAACACACAAUUUAAAUUUCCUGUUGCCGCAGGAUUAUUUUCCUGCUGUAGCGAACUGGCUCAGAUUAAGAUCCUACACGUGUAGCCUACAGCCGCAUGUGAAUAACAAUUAAAUAAAUGUAAUGUUGAACACUUCUGAACACAA